AUGAGGUUCAAAACAGAUAUUCUCGAGGUGGUGGCACAUGUAACAGUGGCAAUCAUAAAGGUUUUAGCAUUGGACAAGAUAGGUAGGGACAGUGUUUUGAAAAGCUCGCCUAGGCGCUCGCCUAGGCGAGAAGCGAGGCGAGGCGAGCUUAUCUCGCCCGGAGGACCCCAGGCGAAGCGAACGUGA